UUCAAAAGGCGGAAGCAGCUAGUAAACUGGAGGAGAAAGAGAAAGAGAAAGGUCCUGAAGCAGGAAGAGUGGUUUCAGUGGGUAGUAGCAGCAGCAGCAUUUGGAUUGAGUCAGUCUCUCCCUGUAGUAUCCAGGAGGGAUACAUUGUAUCACAGAAGCUGAAGUGAAACAUUGAGGAGCAGCUGAGCCCCUGGACCAGGGUGUGGUUGGCAACAAUGCCCCUGUCUGGUAAGAAAGAGACGAAAUAUUGCUACUUCAUUCUGGUGGAGGACCUGUGCGUUCAGAGCCGGGUCUUUCCUGCUGGCAACAUCGCCGUCAUUUCAGAGGCCGAUCACCUGCAGAAUGAGGCUGCGGAGGUGGGUCGCAGAGCCAAGUUCCACCUGGUGGAGGCGGAUGUGUACCUGACCCUGGAGGUGGCCAGUCUGCGCCUGCUCACCGAGCAGGAGGCUGGCUUUCUACAGGCAGUCAGUCCCUCGGCCCAGCGCCUAAACCUCUACCUGGAGAAGACCGCUCUGCAAAGUGCACAGCAGCUCCAUGUCCACGAUCCCGUCACUGUCGACUACAAAUCCCUCUCGCUGCCUGGAGUCAUCGCUUACAUCGGAAGCAUCUGUGACAGCGCGAAGCUUUCUGGAACAUUCUUCGGAAUAGAGUUACAGGUGGAAGUGGAAGAAGAUGGGAAAAAUGACGGAACGUUUGGCGGGAAGCAGUACUUCCAGUGCAAGAAAGGUCACGGCAUCUUUGUGCCGUUCAACAAAGUCAGGCGGCGCAGGAGCAUCGGAGAGGCGGGGCAGUGCGUGGGCCCGGGAGACGGGAAGGCGGAGGAUCCACCGAGGGAUCACCCGGUUGCUCCCGGUGACCGAGUGGUCGUCUGCAUAGAGGAGAGGAUGGAAAGGGGGGUGGUGAUCGAUGUCAUCGACAGAGGCUCAGCCGUGUUGGUCAAUUUCGAGUCGGACCAGAAGAAGGGAGAGGAACUGAUGAUGCAAUUGACGGUGCCACUGUCUUCCGUCAUAAGAGAAGACCUGUUUCAACCUGCUGGCAAAAUGCACCCCAGUGCUCCCAGAGAUGGUGAGCUCUUGGUGGACGGAGGUUUCACACGCGUGCCCCUGGAAAACGGAGGGAGCCGGUCGGCGCACUUCUUCCUGGGAGUUAGCUCCGUCGUACAAAUCGACAUGGGCAAAGGUCAGCUGAUGACUGGAGUGAUCCGGUGGAUGGGUUACCUCCCCGAGAUGGUGGGGGAAAUCGCUGGUGUCGAGCUGGAUGAAGACCGAGGGCUGUCCGACGGGACCUGGAAGGGACACCGGUAUUUCCAUUGCGCUCCUAAAAGAGGGAUCUUUGUCCGAGUGGAAUCCUGUCGGCCGGACACCCGUUUCCAGUCUCUCCUCAUCAACUCGGAGAACUCCCAAGAUCCGGGGCAGAGCUGGAACCUGGAGAGCAGCGUGGUCCCCAUUGUUACCCCUCCCCCGAGGAACGAGGAGGCAGUGCGGGUCCUCGAGGGCCGGAUGCGUGGGAUUCAGGGGCACUGCAAUUCCUGCUACAUGGAUACUGCCCUCUUCAGCCUCUUCUCCUGUACGUUGGUGCUGGACUCCAUGCUUCACAAAUCCACCAGCCCCCAGUGCGGACACAUCCAGCGGAUCCUCCGGGAGGAGAUCGUCAAUCCACUUCGCAGAGACGGGUUUGUCGACUGUAAAAAGGUCAUGAACCUGAGGAUGGAGCUGACAGCGGGUGGUUCCUGUGCAGGGUUCACCAGUGAGGAGAAAGACCCGGAGGAGUUCCUCAAUGUCAUCAUGCAGCACGUGCUUGGCCUGGAGCCGUUACUCAAACUCAGGUCAGCAGGCCACAAGGAGCAGGAGUGUUACUGCCAUCAGAUCUUCAUCGACCAGGACGAUGACCUGACCGUUCCCACAGUGCAGCAACUGGUGGAGCAUUCCUUCCACAGUAACCAGCUCAAACUGGCUGAGGUCCCAUCGUGUCUCAUCGUACAGAUGCCUCGCUUUGGGAAGAAUUACAAAAUGUUUGAGAAAAUCAUUCCAUCUCUGGAGCUGGACAUCACGGACCUGCUGUGGGACAGUCCCAGGGAAUGCUGCCUGUGCGGAGAUCUGGCCACUCAGGAAUGUGAGGAGUGCUUCAAGGACAAGGUGUUCUCAAAAACGGGACUCAAGCAAUUCUGUGACAUCUGCUGGCACCAGGUUCACUCCCACCCCUCCAGGCACAGCCACCGCUCUGUACAGCUGGAAUGCCCACGAGGCUUUGCUCGCUCUGGGAAGAGUCCGAUCCCACGGGAGAAGAUGCAGCUCUUUGCCGUGCUCUGUAUUGAGACCAGCCACUACGUCUCGUUCAUCAAAUACGGGCCUGAGGACCACCACUGGAUGUUCUUCGACAGCAUGUCUGACAGACACGGUGGCGAGAGUGGGUACAACAUCCCCACGGUGAUGCUGUGCCCGGAAGUGGCGAAAUACACCCAGCGCUCAGCCGCCCAGUUGGCCAAAGAGAACCCGCGGGACAUGGAGGGUGUGGCCAAACGCCAGCUGUGUGACGCCUACAUGUACCUGUACGAACACCCGCGCAUGGCCGUCUACAAGUGAGCAGCACUCCCCCCAUCGCCCAGCACCGGGGUAGGGACUGGUGGAGGAUGGGGUGGGGGGCA